AUGAGAUUAGGGGAAAACGAGGGAGUGGACUCAGAAUCUAUGAUAUCUAUACGUUCAGGAGUAGUUGAAAAUAUCUCCAAUGAAUGGGCUAAAGGAGUGUUAAGUGAUGUUGAAAACCUGAUAGAAGAGAGAGUUGAUGAGGUACUAAAUAUGUUCUUGAAAGAUUUCAAAGAGUCGAUAGAAACCAAAGGUUGGCCUGCUUUCCUAAGUGCUGGUAAAAUAUCAAAGGCAGCCUUGAACGCCUACACGAGAAUUCUGGCCAAGAAGUACCCUACAUUUUGCAUCAACUGCGUCUGCCCUGGCUUCGUGAAGACAGAUAUAAAUUGCAAUACCGGCAUAUUGACAGUAGAAGAAGGUGCUGAAAUUCCUGUGAAGCUAUCCCUCUUGCCUCAUGGUGGACCUUCUGGUUGCAUCUUUGUUUAG